AUGGGCACGACCAGAACAUUAAUCAACUCUGAUAUCAUGCAAUCCGCACGUGCCCCAUUCGGUGUGCCGUCUGCAUUUGGUAAGAGAGAAAACUCCCUCUUUUCUUUGGGCGGAGGUCAACCAUUUGAGAGAGCCAUAAGCAUCUCAGGUGAAGGAAGUACCGAGACGGCCUCAGGACUAGGAACUUGUGGGAUAAGGACAAUUUGUGUGGAGUUCAAUGGUUUAGGGAUGGCUUGGCCAGUGAAGAAAUCAGCAGUGAAUCCCUAA